CCACAUUGAACCAGAGGCUAUCACCAUGACAAGGGACCAGAAUGGCACCUGGGAGAUGGAGAGUAAUGAGAACUUUGAAGGCUACAUGAAAGCCCUAGAUAUUGAUUUUGCCACCCGCAAGAUCGCAGUACGUCUGACUCAGACAAAAAUCAUUGAUCAAAACGGCGAUAACUUCAAGACAAAAACCAACAGCACAUUCCGCAACUAUGACCUGGAUUUCACUGUUGGAGUAGAGUUUGAGGAACACACAAAGGGCCUGGACAAUCGGACUGUUAAGACGCUGAUCACCUGGGAAGGCGAUGUCCUGGUGUGCGUGCAGAAGGGGGAGAAGGAGAACCGCGGUUGGAGGCAGUGGGUUGAGGGGGACAAGCUGCACCUGGAGCUGACCUGCGGUGACCAGGUGUGCCAUCAAGUGUUCAAGAAGAAGUAAUGGCCACGAGGGGGCCUGAUGAGCAUGUGCUCCACACUUUCCUCCAUGGGUUCUCUGUGAGCUUAGGGAGACAGUCAUGGGGGCCCUCCCCUCCUAACAGAGCCCAUUAAGGCAUCUGGAUGGGUUUUAAAAAGAAUGAGUGUGUUAACGGUUGACAAACAUAUUCUUCCUUCUUUGAAACCUGACAUUAAAUGAAAAACCAAAAAUCA